ACUGUUGACUUUUUCUUGUUAAAAUCGUCUACAAGUUCACCAACAGAACUCGAGCGAGCAACCAUGGAUCAGAUAGUCCACAAGUCCGUGGAAGUCAACGGAGUGAAGCUCCACUUAGCCGAGAUCGGAAGCCAGUCGUCGCCGGUGGUGGUGUUCCUCCACGGUUUCCCGGAGAUAUGGUACAGUUGGCGCCACCAGAUGGUUGCCGUCGCCAAUGCCGGAUAUAGAGCUAUUGCUCCCGAUUGUCGAGGCUACGGACUUUCAGAUCCACCUCCAGACACCGAGAAAUUCGGAUUCUCCGAUCUCGUCGACGAUCUUCUCGCAAUCCUUGAUUCCCUUGGAAUUGACAAGAUUUCCAUAAUUGCUAAAGAUGCCGGAACUAGACCUGCUAACCUGUUUACGCUGCGGUAUCCUACAAGGGUAACCGGAAUCAUAUCACUUGGAAUACCACAUUCGCCCUUCGGACCCCCUGCAUUCCUCAAAGAGUUGCCGGAAGGUUUCUACAUCAAUAGAUGGAGGGAAUCAGGAAGAGCGGAAGCUGAUUUUGGGCGUUUUGAUGCAAAAACAGUUGUACGAAACAUUUAUAUCUUGUUUUCCAGGACUGAAAUUCCAAUCGCCGAUGAGAGCCAAGAGAUUAUGGAUAUAGUUGGCCCAUCGACACCUCUGCCGCCGUGGUUCACGGAGGAGGAUCUUUCGGUCUACGGAGCUCUGUAUGAGAAAUCCGGUUUUCUUAAUCCACUCAAAGUUCCCUACAGGUCAAUGGAUGAAGAAUAUGACAUAGCAGACCCGGUAAUCAAGAAUCCGAUGUUGCUGAUUGUAGGGGAGAAAGACUAUUUCUUUAAGUUUCCAGGAGUGGAAGGCUUUGUGAAGAGUGGAAUGGUUCAACAUUUUGCGACGAAUUUGGAGAUAGAAUAUGUGCCUGAAGGAAGCCAUUUUGUUCAAGAACAGUUUCCCGACAAGAUUAAUCAACUAAUUCUCGCAUUCCUGCAUAAACAUAGCUCGUGAUAAUCAUGUGGGGUCUUCAGAGUUCAGAUGCUAGAUGUUUUAAACCCUAUUUAAAUAAAAUGUAUGAUUAAAUAUCAAUGUCUCAUAUGGAGUUAUUGUUGGUUCAUCAAUCCAAGUAUCUUGUAUCAUGUUAUGUUGAUACGUUCCACUUUGAUAAUUAUGGGAAAUUUUUCAGAAAA